CUUCCUUGAGAGGGAAUCUCAACCACUUCAGCCUGCCUGCGCUGGAGCCCUGAUAAUAACUACAGGACUGCUCUGGAUGGAUGAAUGUAACCGUCUCUCACACCUCGAACCGCCGGAAUUUCAUUCACAAGACGAGACGGAGAUUUUUUUUUAAAGGUAAUCGAUAGUGAGCAGGGCAGAGGGGGGAGAAGUAAAGGGGGGUCAGAUGUUUUCCCUUUCUUUCUACUUCGAUGCGCGUGAAGCGGAGGCGCACCUGCGAGAGUGCCUGUUCCCCUUUUCUGUACUGAGAACCCCAAUUGGAGAGCUGCUGCUGCUGCUGCUGCUGCUGCUGGGCUGAGGCUGCAUACACUUCACAGACUGGACCAGUGGACUGGGGGAAAAGACAGAAAAAGAGAGAAAGAGAGAGGAGGGGUGAGCCACAGUGAGGGGAACAGGAGAGAGAGAGUGCGUGGAACAGAGAUUGGAUGGAUUCCUCUCCUCCUCUGGCACUCCACAGGCGCUCAUUCAUUUAUUUAAGCCCGACCGAAGACAGCAUGCCAAGCGCAGACUCCAGCGGCAGAGCUCGCCACAGACUUCCCAACAAAGGACAGGAGUGAGACGUCCUCGGUUGCGCUCUCACCUGCGCAACAUCCGUGCGGGACCCUACUUUGGCGCCCUCCGGGGUACCGCAGACACCCAGGACCCGACGUAGAGGAGCCCACUGUGAAUGCUCUAUGGGCCCACAGCCCCGCGAGGCCCCUGGGAUGGCGUGCAGCGCGUGUUACUACCUGGUUAUCAGCUCCACACACCUGAGCAAUGGACACUUCCGGCGCGUCAAGGGGGUCUUCAGAGGACCCCUGUGCCCCACAGCAAACAGUGAUUCACCGGAGCGUGCAGAGAGGGCUUUGGGCUGCUCAGUGGAGGAUCUGAAGGCUCUUUUCUACUGUGAGCUGUGUCACAAGCAGUACCUCAGACACCAGGAGUUUGACAACCACAUCAACUCCUACGACCAUGCACACAAACAGAGACUGAAGGAGCUCAAGCACAGGGAGUUCGCUCGUAACGUGGCCUCGAAAUCAUGGAAGGACCAGCGCAAACAGGAGAAAGCUCUCAGACGCCUGCACCAGCUCGCACAGCUGCAACAGGAAACACAGCGAGUCCCAGGAAGGACUUCUGGACUACGGAGUGCAGUCAGGGCUGUGAGACAGCAGCCAGAUAGAGACGUGGACCAAAGAGACGGCAGCCCCGAGGACAAACCUGAACCCUCCAACCACACCAAGACACACACCCCUACGCAACCCAGGACACCUCGUCUCAGCCACCAGCCAGAUGACCCUCGCCAGUCUCCUUGUCAGAUACCGGCCUCUACUCUAGCAGAGUCUCUAAUCACACAUCCAGCUCCCGUAGUGAACCCCCAGUCUUGCCUGGGCUUUUUCCCCCAGCUGUCUCUCCCUGGGCGGGGGAGGGCAGGAGGCAGGCUCGGUGUGUCCUUCUGCUUUUCCCGCCGGGGUCCCAGGCUCGAGCCUUCCGCCUCCGUCUUCUCGGACCUGGAGGAGGAGGAGAGAGAGAAGAGGGCUCAGAUGAAAGAAAGGAUAAAGGGGAUGAUGGAAGACAUUGACAGGGAAAUUGGGGCAGCAGAGGAGGGGAAACACAGCGACAGUGAGAAGCACGAGUCCAGAUUUGACAGUGUUGGAUCAAGCGACACGGGGCCAAUCCCUAGAGAUCCUGCCAGAGAAGAGGAGGAGAUUGAAAAAAGAGACAUAGUGAAAGCACACUCUACUAUUUCCACAGCAGCACCUGAUAAUCAGAGUCAUGAUUCACUAUUCUCGCCAUCACAGACCCAAGGGGCCCUUUGGGGCACAGAACCAGCAGGGGUGUACAUGGACACAGAUAGCGAGACAGAGAGAAAGCAAGAAGCAGAUGGAGGGAGGGAGGGGAGUCGGUAUAUUGACGUGCUGGGGAAAGAUGGCUCUGCCCGUCUGAGGUGGCCUGUCAGGUUGCUGAAGUUCACCAAAUCUCAACCACACAUCUCCUACAGCUGCAACCGACAACAACCAGAGCUGACAGAGGAUCUGCAGGAGUCACAACAAAAUCAGUUGAGCGCUCCCACAGAUGAAUCAGAUCUACGUGUGCCAGCUAUUCUUACACCGGGCGCUGCUUCCCGUUUACACAGGCAGACAAGACAAGAGCAGAAAGCACACAGGCAGGAGAAAGCCGAGGAUAAUUUCAAGGCAGAGCAGCAUAUCGAGGUGGAGACAGAAGCACACCUGUUCCUAAAGAACAAAAACCUUUCAUCAUCAGAAACAAGACCAGAAAGAGGAGGAUGCACAGUAAGUAUAGAGAGCUGUGUAAGGGCAGCCUCCCAUCCAUUUGACCCUGCUCAUAGUGACAGCUCUGACACAAACUCCCAGAAUCCUCUGGGAGGCAGAUUAGGGGGUGCGAGAGGGAUCAGGGAGAGCGCCAUCAUAGCCCUGAGCUGUAAAUUAGAGUCUGUCACCCAGCCUGGCGCACAGAGAAUGUGCAUCAGCCCGUCCAGGUGUGAAUGUGGGAGUGAGACAAUGUGCAAGUGUGCCAGCGUUCCACAGCCGAACGUGGGCGUCUCAGAAGUGUCACCCAAAAAGAGGAAAGCCAAAGGCACAAAGAAACAGAGGCAGGGAAAGCGGAAGAGGGGCGAAAAGCAAAAAGCUUCAAACAAGCACCAAUCAGCAAGGUGCAAAGUGAGGAGUGUUGUCUCUACAGUCUCCACUGGCAGAGAGAGGAGUGGAGAAGCUGGAGGGAGCUGGGGGAAGAAAAGGAGGCAAAGGGAGAUGAGGGAGAUGCCGAGGAGGAGGAGGGUGAAGAGAGCAGGGAGCAGCUGUCUCCUGGGGAGAUGUGAGGCUGAGCCAGUAUCUGUCUCUGUCAGGAAGAGGAGGCCUCACAGGAGCCACAGCACUGAGUCCCAGUCUCAGGCAGAGCACUGCAGUGCCUACUCCCAGCUCGCCAGACACACGGCAGACAGACACAACGAGGGGGAGGGCAAUCGAGACGAAGACGCAGCGACUUUCCCCUGGCGGUCUCACUUCUCCGUGCACUCCUUCUCACCAGGAUGUAACUCAAAGCUGUUUUGGGAAAGGGGUCACCAUAGCAACCCCAGGAGUUUCAUUGACUGCUGUUACCCUGACAACAGCUGUGGUUGCAGCCCGGCGAGAAAGAGAAAACUCCUCCACAGGGACAGGAAAUUCAUUCAUAGUAAGAGGAAGAGUUCGAGGCAUCGUGAAGUCUGGGAGGAGACGGAGAGGGGUAGGAAAACGGGAGGGCGUUCAGGUUGCAGGGACAGGGGACUGAUGUCAGACACAGAGCAGUGGGAGUGGAUGAGAGGGGGGUGUCACGGAGGAAGUGAGGAGGGCAGGUUGAGGAGCGGUUGGAGAUUAAGAAACAGAGCAGUGGAGUGGGAUCAGGUGGCGAGAUUUAGCCCAAGUCCGAGCAGCUGGGGCAGGAGAGGCAGACAUCUCAGCACAGAAGACGUAGACUGGGAAGGAUGCAGCGUGGACAGAUGGACGUGGGGCAGCAGCGACAGCUGGGAAGACAGGGGGGGACACACAUCAAGGUCAGGCUCCAGGACAGGGGCAGACAGCAGAGACAGCCCAGGCUGUGUGUGGAAAGCUGCAGGCACCAGACACUCAAGUUCGAGACAGUUCUCCAGCCCUGAGUGGUGGACCAGUACGCAGACAUACAGUCCUCAGAGCGUGGUCAACACGCGGGCCAGCAGAUGCCUCAGCCCACGCUCCUGCAGCCCCUGCAGCAGCACCAGCAUGUCCGAGCUGAGCUGGGAGUGGAGCAGGAGCAGUACCUGCUCGGGAGUUACAGUUGAUGGGGUGACAGUUAACUCCAGCAGGACGUCCCCAGGAGCCUCAUCCGAGGCCCCUCAGGAGGCAAAGAAGCAGAGCAGCCCCACGUCCACUUCAUCUGGCCUUGCCUCUUGCUCCUUCUUACAUUCCUCACCCAACAGCUCCUCUUUCACUCCCACAGCCCUGGGUCUCAACACAAACAAUUGUGACACAAGCCCUUCUCAGCUCAAGGAGUCUAAUUCACAGUGUGACCUCAGCCAUGGACCCUCUGCCCUUGUCAACACAAGUAGGUCAGGUACAACUCCUCCAACUCCAGGACUCUCCCCUAGUAAGUCUCAGCCACAGAAACCAGCCAGGAUGCUUCUCCCUCUCAUAGGGAAACUACCUGCAAUACAGAGAAAGGCCAGGAGGAAAAAAGGGCUGCUGGAGAAGAGUCAGGAGAUGGAGGGAGAGGAGAAAGAGGUGGCAAAGGGCACUGGAGUGGAGCUUAGAGCGGCCGUCCGCAGUCAAAAAUGUCCUCUAGACAUGGUUGAGUCAAACCAGAGCAGCACGCCAAAUCUCUGCCUGUCGCAGAUUAGGACUGAUGACAAGCAGACAGGUGGAGAGACAGCUCCGCCAAUCAGCUUUACGGCUGAGGAGAUGGACAAAUAUCGCCUCCUGCAAGAGCAGGCGAGAGAGCACAUGCAGAAAGUCCUGGAGCAGACGCAGGAGAGCGCAGAGAUACAUGCAGAGACAAACUACACACACACGCCACAGACAGAGAACUGUGGGACUUCAGAGGAACAGUACACACCUGCAGCCUUGCACAACCCUUCACAGCCUCAGACCCAGUCGCUUCACACAGACACCAUGCAAACGCAACCACAGCACAGCCUCCCACUCCCACACAGAGUGACCCCACCAGAGAACUUUACCCAACCCAUGGCUCUGAGAGUCCCUAACCUCCCCCCCAUUUCCAGCCUUCAUCAUAUCAUCUUACAACACGCAGCUCUCUCCAUGCCCACCUCCUCCUCCUCCUCUUCCACCUCAUCCACCUCUCCUGUCAUCCACCCACACCCAGCUCAGCUCCCUCACCCGCUCCCCCCUCUCCACCCGUCUCACACUCAUCACCUUCACCUCUCUCCCUUCUCCAUAUCCUCCCUGUUUCCCUCUAUUCUGCUGUCCCAUCACCCCAUCCCUCUGCUGCCCCAGUCUGCCGCCUUUCACACAACCCCACUUGCUCCACUCUCCCAAGUAGCCCUGCAACCCUUGAACCCUCAGUCUUUCAUGGACAGAGCAUGGCCAGUGAGGUUUCAACAGAAGGCGUUGUGAUUUUCACAGAGUGGCUGCCAUGUUUAUUAAUCUUUCUUGGCAACUCAGACUAGUGAGACAAAGAGAGAGAAUUUUUGGUUUGGACAAAAGCCUGUUAUUUGAAACGGUGAUGUGUCAGUGCUUUUACUAGAAUCAACUCUUAUUCCCAUAUGCCCUAACUCACUCACACACACGCAUGCAUACACACAAACAGCCCAACUAUUGACUGAUUUCAAAUGAAAAUGUGUUUCUCCAUCUAGCCUCUGCUGUGUUUCAGCAGACAUUGAGAAAACAGACUUUGAUCCUUUGCUUUUUCCAUCAUUCCUCAUUCAGUCCCGGAAUAAAGGGAAGGUGCACCUGCUAUUCAAAGACAAGCUGGGCUUGUGUCAUCCUCUCUCUCUUUCCUUCUGAACCACAGACAGACCAGCUGCCUUUUGAAGUAUCCUUCAUGCCAGGGACAGAGGGGCAAGAAAGAGUGAUAAUACUCUCCCCUUAUCUCCAUUUCAUACAGGUUAUCUUAGUUACAGUGUGACUUUCAACAAACAUAAAAACCUUGCAGGGACCGGGGGCACACCACAGCCAUUUUAACCUUGGUGUAUACUGUAUUUGUGUGUGUAUAGGAUAGAGGUAAUUCUGUGUGGACACACACACACACACACACAUACACAUACACAGUAGGAAGUACAACAACUAAUUUCCAUAUCUGACACAUGUAAAGAUCUGUCUUGUCUCUAUAGUGUAAAUAUUCUGACAGUGAGUAAUAACAUUAGAAUCAUGCCAAACAAUAAAAUAAAGGGUGAAUUUAACCUUGAA